GUCUGCUCAGUCGAAGAUUUUCGUGAUCUAAAUUUUAUAGUUCUUUUUGAAUUGUGCAAAUCCAAUUUUAACAAAAUGAGAAUCCCAUUUGGCAAAAAGCACGCUGAAAUCGCCACUUCCUUCGUCUCAUCGGCGGCAGGAUUUGGUGGCGCAGCGGGGCUUGCUUUACUCUACCUGACAGAUUGGAAAUUGGUGCUGCAAUACAUGCCAAUCUACAACACGAAAUUUGACAAAUCCGAAUAAACUGUUUGUUGCGAUUGGGAGAACAUUUACAUUUUUCGCUCUAUCCUUAUGUUGUUCAUAAAUCUAAAGUAACUUACAUUAUUAUACACUUAAUGUGUUCGAAAAUAAAGUAGUGUGGAAGUUUUAGUGAAUACAGCAGA